GCCGCCUGAGGCGUUGGACCUCCGCGAGGAUCUGCCCGUGCCUCCCGCUUUUCCCUUGCUUCCCCGUCACCGACGGCCUUCAGCGAGGCCUUCAGAGAGCCCCGGCUCCCAACGGGCAAUGUCCCACCAGCGCGUGAGGCGCAACGGCUCCCCGAUUCCGGCCACCUCCUUGGGGGGAGGAGGCGCGGCGGCGGCAGGUGGCGGAAUGGGAGCGGGCAGCCGCCUCCAGCCCAUGCGGGCCACGGUGCCCUUCCAGCUCAAGCAGCAGCAACAUGGCAGUCCCACGAGGAGCGGCGGCGGCGGCACGAGCGCUCCGGGCGGCAGUCUCCCACGCGCGGCGCCCGCCUCACGUAGUAUUAGCCCCACGCGCGCGGCGCCCACCGGCGGAGGCAACAGCGGGCGCGGCGGCUCCGCCAUGGCCACGCAGACGCCGGGGGGAGGGGGAAGCAGCGCCGCCGCUUCAGCGGCCUCCGCCGCCUCUUCGCGGGACAGCCCCACGCGUGCUGGCGGGCCGCGGGGAAGUCCUCCGCGGCCCCAUCACUUACCACCCCCUCCUCCCCCGCCGCCGCUGGGCUGCGGGCUCUCACCCUGCUCUUCUCCGGUGUCUCCGUUGCCGGAGGGCAGCGCUACAUCGACUGGUAGAGUCCGGCACCGGCGGCAGUCGCCGGAGCAAGGCAGGAACUCCCCGGAGAGGAAGAGCCCCAGCUCCCCUGUCUGCAAAGCUGACAAAUCAAGACCACCUUCAUCAAGCCCUUCCAGUAUUAUUCGCCGGACUUCCUCACUGGAUACACUUGCUGCUCCAUACCUUGCUGGACAGUGGCCUCGUGAUAAUCAUGGACAAGCUGUUCCAUGUAUGAGAGACAAAGCCACACAGACAGAAAGUGCCUGGGCUGAAGAAUAUUUAGAAAAGAAGAAAAGCUCGCACAAACGUUCAUCAUCAUGGGGCAGCAACGAGCAACUCAAGGAGAUUGCAAAAUUGCGUCAGCAGUUGCAGAGAAGCAAGCACAGCAGUAGGCAUCAUCGUGAUAAAGAAAGACAUCCUCCAUUUCAUGGUAACCACGUAGCCAUUAACCACAGUCAGGCUCCAAUCCCAAAGAGUGCCCUUGUUCCUGUGAUACCCAUUACCAAAUCAACAGGAUCACGAUUCCGAAACAGCGUAGAAGGACUGAAUCAGGAGAUUGAGAUAAUCAUUAAGGAGACAGGAGACAAAGAGGAACAGCUUGCUCCUCAGGAUAUUCCAGAUGGGCACCGUGCACCACCUCCGUUGGCUCAGCGUAGCAGUAGUACUCGCAGCAUUGAUACUCAAACACCUGGUGGAGCAGACAGGGGUAGUAACAACAGCAGCCGCUCCCAGUCAGUAUCUCCAGCCUCAUUUCUUACCGUCUCUAAUGAAAGCAGUGAAGAAAGUCCAUGUUCUAGAGAUGAUCUUCUUGCUGAUUCCAGAGAUAAAGAGAAUGGGAAUAAUUCUCCUUUGCCAAAAUACGCUACCUCACCAAAACCCAACAACAGCUACGUGUUCAAGCGUGAACCUCCAGAGGGUUGUGAGAAGGUGAAAGUCUUUGAGGAAAGCUUGCCAAAACCAUUGCAUGAAAUUCCAGCCUUCUACUGCCCUGACAAGAACAAAGUGAAUUUUAUUCCUAAAAGUGGCUCUGCUUUCUGUCUUGUCAGCAUCCUCAAGCCACUGCUUCCCACACAGGAUCUCACACUUAAGGGCACUACACACAACCUGACUGUCUCCUCCAGCAUGACACCCGGUUUGUUACAGCCCAUUUCUAUGGCCUCCCUGUCUACAAGCACAGAUCAAGACAGAAUCUCUCGUGGAACAAGUACAGUAAUACCGCAGACCUCUUUACUGCAGCAGCCAGGACGUAUCGAGGAAGCUGAGGGAUAGACUUCUAUGGCCUUGAUGUUUUUCUUGGCAACUUCUGGGGAAAAAAUUGGAACCAGGUGACUGGACUUUUCUUAUCACAAUAUUUGCAUUGUUUUAGCAAUUUAUGGCACUGUCACAACUGAACUGUUUGUGUAAUUGACAGUUUGGUAGCACAUUUUGAAGUUCAGGAGGAUGCAGCAACUGAUGUUCUGUUGCACUUCCUGCUUAUGAAGACUGAUUCUGUUUUUCUCCUGCUUUUUUAAAUGCUGGUGAAAACAAGGACUGUUGUAAUCCGUUUCCACUUAAAGUACCAGUUGUUGUGAUGCUUUGACUACUUUUCCUGUUAAAACAAAAUUCUUAAGACCAACCAACAGAUCCUACUUAGCAUUGUAAUGUGAGAGGGAGAGAUAAUUUUUCAAGAUGUCUUUUGUAUGAAAAUGUGUAUUUUGUAACAAAAAUUUGCCUUUUCUGUUGCAUACCAGAUGGUGUUUAGAAGACACUUCCAUGGUGAUGAUCUCUCCCUCCUUCCCCCUUCCUUUUUUUUUUUUGGUAGGAAAGAUUGUUUUUAACUUGGCUGUUUUACAGCUGCCUGGACCAAAGGAUUGCUGAAGUAUUUCAGCAGUCUCAGUUUGUGACCUUGCUGAACAGCCUCAGCCCUGAGAAAAGGCAAAAGAAAAAGGCAAGUUAACACAUUUGAAACUUUAUGAACAGAAGACUAUCCAGAAAGCAGUGUUAGUGUGUAGUGUACAAUUUUUUUUAUAUCAUUUGUGCAUCAGGUAGGUCACGUUCUUAAAACUUUCCUUCACAAAAUUCCCACCAGUUUUGAAACACUUGCCCCAGCAUUGUUCUGUUUGUCUAUAGUAUUUUUGUGCAAAGGUGGGGAAAAAGGUUUUAUCCUUGUUAUUCUUUCUUCCAGAAAAUAUGCCACUUCUCUCUUAGAGGCUUGUUUGGCUACUUAUGGAAUUAUCCUGGAUCAUUAAGUACUCUUGGCACAAAUUUGCUAUAAUGUGACUCAUUGUAUUAUAGACUCCUGCCACAUAAUACUGAAAUACCUGAGCAUGAUUUCCUCCCUUUUGUCUUAGUGGUGUUUUGUGUGUCUGUUGAAGGUGAUGAUUUCUCAGGCAUGGUAUCCAUUACAAGUUUACAGCAGCAGAUGCAUUCUCCCUUUUUGAUGAGCAACUUAGGCUGGCAUAUAAAACAGGAUUUUUGAUACCUAGUUUGUUCUGAUCUGGGGUGGUUUAUAAUUCCUUUGACAUGAUAGUGGAAGAUUAAAAUGGGAGGGAAAGGCAAUUGCAAACAAACUGUUCAUGAACUUCAGUGAUGUUUCUUAUGUCUUCCUGUAGCAUGUUACUUGGGUUUGAGUAAAUACAAUACAGAUAUGCAAAAAAACCUGCAGUGACCUGAAUACCAGUGUUCUAUCAAUUUAAGAAACAAGUUGACCUUGUAGCUCUUUUACAGAGUUAGAUUCAGUAAUUUCAAAGUAAGUUUCAUUGUGGAAGGUCUCUGGGGCUGGUAUCAGUCUUACACAUGAGCAGUUCUCACUGGCAGCUUCCAUGGAUCAGUUGCAUACUCAGGUCCCUCCAUAACUGCGUCUAUUUAAAGCAAUACUGCAACUAUGAUGAUUUUGGUCAAAAAUUCAUUGCAAACAUUUCACUUGGAAGGAGGG